AUCAAACUGUUAAUGAGAAUGAGAAAAGUUCAAGUGAUGUGAAUGAAAAUGAAGAACUGAAUCAAACAGUGAAUGAGAAUGAGAAAACUUCAAGUGGUGUAUUCAACUUUCCUUUUGAUAUUGAUGAUCCAGGAAAUUGGGAUAGGAUUGGUCAUAUUAAUAUGACAAAUUUUAUAGUUGAAAGAGGUCCAAAAAGAGUCAUUAAGGAUGAGUUUACUAGGGAUGCUUUCGGUAGGAAUUUUUCUUCGUGGCAUUAUAUUAGAGAAUUACCAAAUGGAGAGAAACAAGAUAGGAAGUGGUUGAUUUAUUCAGUUUCUUUAGAUAAAGUAUUUUGUUUUUGUUGUAAAUUGUUUGCAACAAAGAAGCAUCUUGUGGGUUUUUUAGCUGAGGGAGGUUUUAAUGACUGGCAUAAUAUUUCUGAUCGAUUAAAAAGUCAUGAACGAAGUACACAACAUAUUGAGUCAAUUGCUAGUUGGGUGGAAUUAGAAAAACGACUGAAAAUGAAGUUAACAAUUGAUGCAAGUUUAGAAGAACAAAUUAAUCAAGAGAAAAAACAUUGGAAACAAGUGUUAGAGAGAAUUCUGGCUAUUGUAAAAAGAUUUGGGCAAAAUAAUUUGGCAUUUCGAGGAGAUCGUGAAAAACUAUAUGAGAAAAACAAUGGGAAUUUCUUACAAAUUAUAGAAUUACUUGCUGAAUUUGAUUCAACUAUGCAAGAACAUGUUCGUCGUAUUUUAAGAGGUGAGACUCAUUAUCAUUAUUUGAGUCACAAGAUUCAAAAUGAAAUGAUACAACUUCUGGCAACUGAGGUGAAAAGCUCGAUAAUUAGUAGAAUUAAAGAAGCAAAAUAUUUUUCAGUCAUACUAGAUUGUACUCCAGAUGCAAGUAAUGAUGAACAGAUGUCUCUUGUUUUAAGAUGUGUGAAUGUUUCAGAAAGUCCAAUAUUUGUUGAUGAGUAUUUUCUAGGAUUCAUAAAAGUUCAUGACACAUCAGGGCUUGGUUUGCUUAAUGAACUUUUAGAUGCGUUGAAUAUUCUUGGACUUGAUGUUGAUAAUAUAAGAGGACAAGGAUAUGACAAUGGAUCUAAUAUGAGAGGAAAGAAUAAAGGUGUACAAACUAGGCUACUUGAAAUGAAUCCUAGAGCAUUUUACACUCCUUGUGCCUGUCAUUCUCUAAAUCUUUUACUUUCUGAUAUGGCUCAUUGUUGUCCCAAGGCUGUAUCUUUUUUUGGUGUGGUACAACGAAUAUACUCAUUAUUUUCAGCUUCUACAAAAAGAUGGAAAGUAUUUACAGAUCAUGUACCUGGUCUCACUGUUAAGCCAUUAUCAGAAACGCGUUGGGAAAGUCGUGUUGACAGUGUUAAAGCAAUAAGAUUCCAAGCUCCACAAAUAAAAGAAGCUUUAGAUUACUUGGCAGAGAGUAAUGAAGAUGCCAAAACAAGAAGUGAUGCUGAGACUUUAGCAACAUAUAAUAUUCAUAAUUUUGAGUUCUUGGUGAGCAUGGUUAUUUGGUAUGAUUUGUUGUUUGCUGUUAAUAUUGCUAGCAAGAUCCUACAAAAUGAAGAUAUGCAAAUUGAUGUUGCUAUCAAAGAGUUAAAGAUUCUACUUUCAUUUCUUCAAAAGUAUAGAGAAACUGGUUUUGAGAAUGCUUUGACUAAAGCUACUGAGAUUGCAAGUAUGAUGGAAGUUGAACCUGUGUUUAUUGAAAAACGAAAAGUUUACAGGAAAAAGCAAUUUGAUGAAAGUGUCAAUGAGGGGGUGACACAAUCAGCAGCAGAGUCAUUUAAAAUUGACUAUUUUCUUUGCAUAAUCGAUCAAGCUAUUUCAUCAUUUAAAACCAGGUUCGAACAAUUUCAGAAUUUUGGUUGCCCAUGCAGAACGGAGUUUUUCCAAAUUGACCUUGAUCAAAUCUUAUCUUCGUUCAACCAUGUCUCAAGAAAGAUUAAGCGGUUUAGCUAUGUUAUCCAUUGAAAAUGAUUUAGUUGCAAAACUUGAUUAUGCAAAUUUAAUUAAUACUUUUGCAUCUAAAAAUGCAAGACGCAUAAUAUUUAAGUAAUACAUUGAAAAGUUUAUGUGAUGAUUUAUUGGUUUGGAAUGUAUUUAUAUUACUAAAUAUUAGUUUAAUUUUAUUUAAAAUUACAUACAUAGAAAAAAAUACAUAUACAAAAGGGC